AUUUCCUCAAUUUUAGGGUGGCAAAAGCUCAAGUAUUCUAGAUUCUUCCAUACCAGAACCCUCCAGAGCAGCCUCCACCCACCUUCUCUAUUUUUUUCUCCGUCUCUCUCUCUCUAAUCUUCCGAUACUUUCUCUAGCUAAAGCUCUCCAGAACUUUCCCUCUCAAACCUAGGCCUCAGCUCAUCAAUGGCGAAGUACGGAGAAGGCGACAAGCGGUGGAUCGUUGAAGACAGACCCGACGGCGCCAACGUCCAUAACUGGCACUGGGCGGAGAAAAACUGUCUCGAAUGGUCUCGAACUCUCCUCUCGAAGCUCCUCUCCGAGCUGACCAUUCUCGACGGAGAAGGCAAUCUGUACAUCAAGACCAAGACCCUUGAAAAGCUUGAAGGGGAAGCCUACGUCAAUGUCAGGAAAGGGAAGAUCAUACCUGGAUACGAAAUCGCAUUGACGCUUUCUUGGGAGGGUGAGGCCAAGGACCCAGAUGGCAAAUCUGUGAUUAAAUGCGAUGGGACUGUGGAGAUUCCCUAUAUAGCUGAUGAGAAUGCGGAUGAGGACCCAGAGGUGAAGAUUUUGGUGAAGGACGAGGGACCGUUGGGGAAGAGGUUGAAAGAGGCUAUGGUGGCAAAGGGGAAGCCCGUGAUUUUGGAAAAGGUUAGGGUUUAUGUGCAGAGCAUGGCGAAGGGAGGUCCGGCGAAGGAUGAAUUGGAGGUGAAGAAGGCACCUGGGAGCGCUGCUAAAUCGUCGGUGUCGUCUGCGGCGGCUGCGUCAAAUGUUGGGGCGCAGAAAGAGGUGAAGAAAGAGGAGAAGAAGGGGUUCAAGACAAUAACGUUGACGGAGAAGUUCAGUUGUAGGGCGAAAGAUAUGUUUGAGAUAAUGAUGGAUGAGAAUAGGUGGAAAGGGUUUACGCAGAGUAAUGCGAAGAUAAGCAAAGAGGUCGGUGGGGAGAUUAGCAUUUUUGAUGGAUCGGUCACAGGGGUGAACAUGGAGUUGGUUGAAGGGAAGUUGAUUGUUCAGAAAUGGAGGUUUGGGAGCUGGCCUGAUGGUGUUAAUUCUACCGUGCGAAUUGCUUUUGAUGAGCCUGAACCGGGGUUGACUGUUGUUAAACUGACGCAGACUGGUAUUCCUGAGGAAGAUAGAUAUGGGAAUGCAACAGUGGUAGAGAACACUGAAAGAGGGUGGAGGGAUCUCAUUUUCCACAAGAUAAGAGCAGUGUUUGGUUUUGGAAUAUGAAUUUUUUUUUUAUGGAAAAGACUAAGUGUAGAAUCCUAUCAAUUUCAUGUUUUGGAUCUGGAAAUUGCUUUUACAUUGGGAAAAUUGUGGAUGCUAGUUUUCUGUUGCUCCAUUUUGUUAAAAGUCUUCCCUAGACUGAUUGUCAUGCUUCUGAUGUUAUGAAAUAACUAAAAUCACUGUUGGAACCAAUAAGGUUUGAUACGAGUGAGAUAGUGUGUGGCUUAUUGAGUUCA